AUUUACACUCCAGUCCAGAAGGAGGUAGUAGUGCGCCGUAACGCUGCCAACCGCGAUAACACCUCGCAGGAAGUAGUUAGCUAGAUAGCAGACUAGCAGGGCCCUUUACUGUCUAUGGCAGGAACGCUUAUACGUCAUAUUCAUGUAGCCAGUUAGCCCGUUAGCCAUGUAGUUAGCUACCGAGGUGUUUAUAAAAGGCAUACAUAGGUUAUACAGACUCCAGUUAACGGAUCAGAUACCACAACGAAGGAAAAUAGUGAGAAAAGAUGCAAGCAGGUGACCCUGCGGUUGGUGCACCGAUGGCAGUGGCUGGUGCUCAGAGUCGGUCGGAGGAUGAAGAGUCACUCGGAGUGAAAGAUGUGAAAAGGACGGCAACACAAGCGUUUGGCAGUGGUGUUCCCAAACGCAGAAGUUCCUCCAGGUCAAUAAAGAGGAAGAAAUUUGACGAUGAACUGGUUGAGAGCAGUCUUGUGAAGUCGUCCAGUAGAGUCAAAGGCCCACCUGUCAUAGAGCCUGUCCGCUGUUCAGGGAGUGAACCUUCAUCUAGUGAGAAAAAGAAGGUAACAAAAUCAGGAAAUUCUCUCACACCGCCUCUCACCAUGUUAGUAAACCCUGCGCCCAUCACCAAAAGAGUAAAGAAAAGCAAGCAGCCUCUACAUAUUACUAAAGACUUGGGAAGAUGGAAACCCACUGAUGACCUGCUUCUUAUAAAUGCAGUGUUGCAGACCACAGACCUAACCUCUGUUCAUUUGGGGGUCAAGUUCAGCUGUCGUUUCACGUUGCGAGAAAUUAAAGAGAGGUGGUACGCUCUCCUCUACGAUCCUGUCAUCUCAAAGCUGGCAUGGCAGGCCAUGCGUCAGCUUCACCCAGAAGCCAUUGCAGCAAUCCAAAGCAAAGCUCUCUUCAGUCAGGUUGAGGAGGCACUGCUGGCUAAGAUUGGCUCAACUAGUCAGCCCAAAGUGGACAUGUUCCAGGAGCUUCUGAGCAAACACCCUGGUGUCUUUCACCCAUCUCGCACCCCCAAGAGCCUGCUGGUACACUGGCAGCUGCUGAAGCAGUACUACCUACUGGAUGACCAGAGUGUCCAGCCUCUUCCUAAAGGUGACCAGGUCCUCAACUUCUCUGAUGCUGAGCAGAUGGUUGAUGAUGUAAAGUUAAAGGAGAGUAGAGAUGAGGUGUUGGAACAUGAGCUGAUGAUUUCCGAUCGUCACCAAAAAAGAGAGAUCAGACAGUUGGAGCAGGAGUUGCCUCGUUGGCAGGUCCUCGUGGACAGUAUUACGGGGAUGAGCAUGCCUGAUUUUGACAACCAGACACUGGCAGCAUUACGAGGAAGAAUGGUACGCUACCUCAUGAGAUCGCGAGAGAUUACGUUGGGCAGAGCGACCAAGGACAAACCGAUAGAUGUAGAUCUGUCGCUAGAGGGACCUGCCUGGAAAAUAUCAAGGAAACAAGGAAUUAUUAAACUGAAGAAUAAUGGAGACUUCUUCAUCGCCAAUGAGGGCAGACGACCCAUCUACAUUGAUGGCAGACCAGUCCUGUCGGGCAACAAGUGGAAACUCAACAACAACUCAGUGGUGGAGAUUGCAGGUCUUCGCUUUGUGUUUCUCAUUAACCUGGAACUCAUCUCACUUAUAAAAGCCGAAGCAGCCAAGAUGACACCGCAGUAAAUGUCAGCCAUCCGGCAGAAGAGUGACCAAACGGGACAUAUUGGCAGGCAUACGGAUGCAGUCAGUGCUUUUCUAUCCAACAGCGGUUAACAGUCCCACGAAGUGCAGUAGUGCUACCACGAAUCAGACCGACAACAGCCUUGUUAACCUGAAAUGAGAAUUUUAAACAGACUACAGCUAAAUCCCGGAGAAAGCUAGUAACAGGUGUUACCUGUUAUUUCGACAGUUUCCAUGUUGUGAUGUAGACACUCUCAUGGUAGAGCCUUGUUUUUAUUUUAUUUUUCAGAAUAUUGUAUUUAAAUUCUGUAGUAAAGCUUUUUCAAAAUAUUAAACUUGUAUACACUAUGUUCUGAAGUUCA